AUGGAUACAGAUUCAUUUGAUGCAGAAGCUUAUAAAAGAAAUCAAAAUGGUGGUGGAAUUCCUAUAAAUAAUGGAAGUAAUUAUGAUGAUACUAAUUUCCAAAAACCAAAUACUAUUACUCAAGAACCUGCUGUUAAACCAGAUAUGGUAUUAAAAAAUUUUGCAAAAACUUAUGAAACUCCAAAACCAGGUGGUUAUCAAUCAUUUAUUUCUGGUUUAGGUUCAAUUUUUGGUCAAUGUGGUAUGUUUUGUUUUCUUUGUGAAAAUCCAUAUAAAGAAGUUGAUCAAGGUGAAGUUGGUUUAGUUCAAACUUUUGGUAGAUUAUCAAGAACUGUUGAACCUGGUUUAAGUUAUGUUAAUACUUGGAGUGAAAAAUUAACAAGAGUUAGUAUUAAAAUUAAUAUUCGUGAAAUUCCAGCUCAAAGAUGUUUAACAAGAGAUAAUGUUUCUGUUUUAAUAACUUCAGUUGUUUAUUAUAAUAUUAUUGAUCCAAUGAAAGCUAUAUUUGCAAUUCAAAAUAUUCAUGAAGCUAUAGUUGAAAGAACUCAAACUACUUUAAGAGAUGUUAUUGGUGGUAGAGUAUUACAAGAUGUUGUUGAAAAAAGAGAUGAAAUUGCUGAAUCAAUUGAACAUAUUAUUGCAAAAACAGCUUUUGAUUGGGGUGUUAAUAUUGAAAGUAUAUUAAUUAAAGAUUUACAAUUACCUGAUAAAGUUCAAGCUUCUUUAUCAAUGGCUGCAGAAGCUAAAAGAAUUGGUGAAGGUAAAAUUAUUAAUGCUAAAGCAGAAGUUGAAAGUGCAAAAUUAAUGAGAAAAGCUGCUGAUAUUCUUGCUUCUCCUGCUGCUAUGAAUAUUAGAUAUUUAGAUGCUUUACAAAAUAUGGCUAAAUCUCCAGGUACAAGAGUUAUAUUUAUGCCAUCAUCUCAAGAAAUUGAAAAAAUCGCUACAACUAAUAUUCAUGCUGAUAGAGGCAAACAUAAACCAUUAGAUUUAGAAGAAGAUAAUGCUUGGGCUGGUAAUGAUUAUUCUGGACCUGCUCCAAAUUCUCAACAUAGAAUAAUUACAAAUACUGUUGGUUUACAAGAAGCUUUAAAUUAA